UGUUUUAUUUAUGGACCUCUUUUGUAAUUUUUUAGUUUACCCUAAUUCUCAUUUAACAUGAGAUUAGGGCAGCUUUAGUGAAUACGAUAGAAAGUUCUCUCUCUCUCUCUCUCGUUCUCUUCUCUCCUCUCCCUUGGCUGCACAUAACAUGGUAUCAGAGCCCAACCUUCUUUGGGACUGAAACCUCUCUCACCGUGCUCAUCCUCUGUCUCUUUCUCUUCCUCUUCUUCUAUUCUUGUGGAUAGUUUUGAGAGCACGACAGGCUGAAUGUGCAUAUUGGGCUCGAUCUAGGGGUUUCUUAAGCAAAAGAUUAAAAACCCUAGAUCAAUGCCUUGUUGAAGUGGACGUGGAUGGAAGUUGCAGGUGUCUCCCUCACGUGGCAGAAGUUUCCUUUGUGGUCAGUGGUCACUACUUGUGGUCACUACUUGUUGAAUGGAAGUCGCUGCAGCCGUGGAUAUUACAACCUUUUUUUUUAUCAGCCGUGGAUCUGCCCUAGGGUUCUGCCAGCCGUGGAUCUGUCCUUCCUUUUGUUGGAUGUUGCUGCCGUCGAUUUGCUAUAAAUUUCAGUCAGUCGUGGAUCUGCCCUAGGUGAUAUCUGUCCUUUUUGUUGGAUGUUGCAGCCGUGAAUAUGAAUUCUUUCUUUAACGUGGAUCUGCCCUUGCUGGUGUUAGAUGUUGCAACAGUCAUACUGCUCUAAGGUUCAGUCAGCCUUGGAUUUGCCCUAGGUGCGAUCUGCUCUAAGUUUCAGUCAACCGUGGAUUAAAAAUCCCUUAUCAUUUGCAUACUUUAUCAUCCCUUUCUGCGGUAUAUAUAUUAGUGUUGUUCUCUUUUUGUGGGAGUUGUGAUGGAGCUUAGAUAGCAGUCUGAUAUGGGAGACAAUUCUAAGAUCGAGUCUCAUACUGAACACAAGGUGGUUGGGAAUCCUUUCUUCUAUGGUUCUACUGUGAAAUUAGAUGGUCACAAGUAUGAAAUUUGGUCACGAAUGUUUAUGAUGUCUAUAGUAGGACAUCAGAAAGACCAUAUCAUUGAAGAAGAUGAACCGAGUGUUAAAACUGGGAAAAAUACCACAUGGAAAGAAGAUAAUAGUAUUGUUAUGUCUUGGAUCAUGAACAGUGUGCAGACAGAUAUAGCUCCUACUCUUGCCUACUAUACGACUGCCAAACAAAUGUGGACGUUCUUGAGACAAACUUAUUCUCAUGACAAGAAUGUCUCAAAAAUUUUACAAGUUGAGGAAGAGUUACUCAAACUGCAGCAAGGUGAAUUGGAACUAUCUCAAUACUUUGCUUCAGUUAAAGCUGCGUAUGAACGAUUGAAGGCUCUUCGACCUCCAUGUCAGGCAUGUUACAAGACGCAUUUUGAGCAGACUAUGGUGGCUAAGUUCUUGGCUGGUUUGUCCCGUAAGUAUGAGGUAGCAAAAGUUCAGAUGUUUACUGGAGCAGAAAUUCCAGACCUUGCUGAGACAUAUAAUAGACUCAGUAGAUUGGUUGUAUCUCUUUCUCAACCCCAGAGUGAGUCUCCUUCUGCAGCCUUUGCUGUGUCUGGAGGGCGUGGGCAAGCCACUAGGGGAAGAGGCUCAGGUCGUGGUGUAGGGGGCAGAGGAAGAUUUCAAUGUAUAUUCUGUGGAAAAUUGGGACAUUUGGAAGAUAGAUGUUGAGACAAACAUGGUAGACCGGCUUCUACUUCCCAUGGUAGGGGAUCUAGUACUUCAGGGGGCAGAGGAACCUUCUCUUCUCAGAUUCCUGUAGGGUCUGCCCGAGCUGCUACACCACUUGGAGAGACUCCUUCCUCGAUGAAUUCUGAGAACUCCACAGUGACUAUGAGUAAGGCAGAGUAUGAUCAGCUUAUGGCUCAGCGAUCUCUUCCUACCACGAUGUCUACAGCUGCCUCCUCGGUCAUGGUGGAUUCCUCUUUAGUCUUUAUCUGCUGCUAGUACUUCUUCUCAUGAACCAGGACUUGCAAAAUGGGAAGACGAUUGGUGGCGGCCAUGAGGAGUUUACCUACUGUCGGAACCAGUGGAGGGCGUGGCAUCUAUGGCUCUAUCUAAGCCAACCCCAUAUCAAUGGCAUCUCCGACUAGGCCAUCCUUCAUUAUCCAAGCUUCGUGGUGUUCUCCCUAAUAUUUCUAUGUCUGAGUCAUUCCAGUGUGAGGCCUGUCAAUUGGGCAAACACACUAGAAGUAGUUUUCCUUCUAGCAGUAGUUCGUCGAGUCAUGCAGUUUUUGAUCUUAUUCAUGUUGAUGUUUGGGGGCCUAGCCGGGUUGUAAGCCGGGCCAAAUUUAGGUAUUACCUUGUUAUUGUUGAUGAUUUUUCUUGUCUUAAUUGGGUGUUCUUGUUAAAAGAGAGGUCUGAAGUUAUUUGUAUUCUUCAAAAUUUCAUUAUUGAAAUAAAGACUCAGUUUGAUUCCAUUAUCAAAAACAUUUGCACUGAUAAUGCUUGUGAGUUCAAAUCCAAUACCUUGCUACAGUUUUACAUCAAAUAUGGAAUAUGUCCUCAAUUCACUUGCCCCCACACUUCUCAACAAAAUGGUAUUGCCGAACGUAAACAUCGUCAGCUACUUGACAUGGCUUGCACUCUCAUGAUACAUAGUUGUGUUCCGGCGCAAUUUUGGGGCGAUGCCAUACUCACUGCAUGUUACCUAAUUAACCGCCUUCCAUCCUCGUCUAUUGACAAUCAAAUUCCCAUUCAAGUUCUCUAUCUAGAUAGACCCCUGUUUUCCCUUCCACCCAAAGUCUUUGGGUGCACUUGCUUUGUUCACAUCCUUGGUCCUAAUAAAGACAAACAUGGUGCACAAUCAAUUAAAUGUAUUUUCAUUGGUUAUCCAAAACACCAAAAGGGUUAUAUCUGUUUUGACUCCCACACUCAUAAGCAGUACAUCAGUGCGGAUGUUACAUUCUUUGAGUCACGUCCUUAUUUUCACUCUACUCCAUCAUUAUCCGACAGGUCGUCGUCUAUGCCUUUACCUAUCCCACCGGUUCCCCUACAGUUUGUUCCUUAUGAUUCAUUUCCAAGUGCCAGCAGAUUCCAUGAUCCCCCACUGGUAUACACCCGCCGACACACUCCUGCUCAGGAUUGUCCACCAGUUGCUUCUCAGGAUGUAAGUAUUUCUGAUGUUACUAUUCCUGCCCAGGAUGCUCCUGACAUGUCUUUGGACUUACCCAUUGCUUUACGCAAAGGCAAGAGACAGUGUACUCUUCAUCCUAUAUCUCAGUUUGUUUCUACUACUGGUAUUGGUGUGUGUCUACAGCAAUUUGUGUCAGCAUUGUCAGUACAUUCUAUUCCCUCCAACCACCAACAUGUGUUACUGGAUCCUCAGUGGCAGCAGGCUAUGCAGGAUGAAAUGGAGACUCUAAUGCAAAGGGGCGCAUGAGAAUUGGUUGAUCCUUCAUCUGGUUGUGAAAUUGUAGGCUCCAAAUGGGUAUUUACCAUCAAGUACUUAUCUGAUGGCUCAGUGGAGCGCUACAAAGCUCGUCUUGUAGCAAAAGGUUAUACCCAAACCUAUAGGGUGGAUUUUUUUGAGACUUUUUCUCCUGUGGCGAGGAUGGGCACCAUACGUCUUAUUGUCUCUGUUGCAGUAUAUUAUGAUUGGCCCUUAUAUCAGCUGGAUAUCAAAAAUGCCUUCUUAUAUGGAGAUCUUGAUGAGACUGUGUAUAUGCAACAACCUCCUGGCUUUGAACGUCGGUGGUAAAGUGUGCAGGCUAAAGAAAGCUAUAUAUGGCUUGAAACAAAGUCCUUGUGCUUGGUUUCAUAAAUUUUCAGAAGUUGUAUUAAAAUGUGGUUUCAAGAGAUCUCAGCUGGACCAUUCAUUUAUUCGUCAAGAAAGGAUCUAGAGGUACUGUGGUGUUAGUGGUGUAUGUUGAUGAUAUUCACAGGUGAAUGUGAGCAAGAGGUAGCUCAUACAAGGAAAUUUCUACAACAACACUUUGUUACCAAAGAUCUUGGCCAACUACGAUACUUCCUUGGCAUUGAAGUUGCUCGUAGUAAGGAAGAAGUGGUGUUAUCACAAAGGAAGUAUGUUCUUGAUCUGUUACAAAACACAAGGAUGCUGGGAGCUAAACCUACAACUCUUCCUAUGAACCCACAGGUACACCUAUUUGAUGAUGACUUGAAAGAGGUAGCUUCUCGUGCAUACAAAUCAUUGAUUGGUAAGCUUCUCUAUGUGACAGUAACUCGACCAAACAUUAGUUUUGCUGUGGGAAAAUUAAGCCAAUUCAUGGAAAAACCAAGAAAAUCACAUUGGGAUGCAGCUAUGUUGAUUGUCAAGUACUUGAAGUCCUCCCCUAGCAAAGGUCUUUUCUUUAAAAAAGGUAUAUCUCUUGAUGUCAAAGCUUAUAGCGACGCAGAUUAUGCAGGCUCAGUUCAUGAUAGGAAGUCCACCAUAGGGUUUUGUGUGUUUGUGGGAGAAAAUUUCAUCUCUUGGAGAAGUAAGAAACAAAAUGUUGUUUCUAGAUCAAGUGCAGAGUCUGAAUAUCAUGCUAUGGCUCAAACGACUGCUGAAAUGACAUGGUUUAGAUCCUUACUUGAGAGUCUCGGUAUUCCUACUUCUACUCCUAUGAAGAUGUUUUGUGAUAACAAAGCAGUUACUUACAUUGCCAAUAAUCCAGUAUUUCAUGAGAGGACAAAGCACAUCGAAGUAGAUUGCCACUAUAUUCGCGAUAUGGUUCAAGAAGGAAUUAUCUCAACUAUACACGUAGCCUCUGAAGAUCAAGCCGCUGAUAUCUUCACCAAAGCCUUGCCUAUUGCAGAAUUUUUUAGAUGUUGUGACAAGCUGAGCAUGAUUAACAUCUAUGUUCCAGCUUGAGGGGGAGUGUUGAAUAAUAUGUGUUAGGUGGUAUUUUUGAAUAUUUAAGAGUUUAGGAACAACUCUUUAUAAAUAAGUGUUUUGUUUAUGGACCUCUUUUGUAA